GCAUCUCCUCAGUCUCCCUCAUCAAGAAAUCAAAAGGCUUUGAGCACUGACCGCACCCUUUUGGAACGCUUAUAAUGUUUCCUUUACACCAAGGCGAUGAUCUGUUAAAUCAGAUUUCGUGCAAAACCCACCAACAGAAAAUCGCAGAAGAUCCGAUACCGAAUCAUGCUUCGCUGGAUGCUGGAGACGCAACACCUAAUCCUAGUAAAGGGAAGCGGUCGCAGCGGAAAUUAUGCAGUAAUUUUACUGAGGAUGAACUUGAGAAGCUGAGGUUGCAUAGGGAUAUAGAACGGAGGAGGAGGCAAGACAUGGCCACCCUUGGUGCCAAACUUCGGUCUCUUCUUCCUCUUGAACAUAUCAAGGGAAAGCGGGCGAUGUCAGAUCAUAUGAAUGAGGCUGUGAAUUACAUAAGAUAUUUACAGAAGAAGGUCAACGAGUUAAGUGUUAAGAGGGAUGAACUAAAGAGAGUAUCAAAUUUGAGAGCUCUUGGCUUCAAGAAUGAGACCUUGAAUCACAGCUUCGUAGUUCGGCAAAGUUGUGUUGGAAUUGAGGUCAUGUUUCAUAGCCAGUGCUAUGGGGAGCUACAAGGUUGGCCGCUGUCAAGAGUAGUAGGAGUUUUGGUUGAAGAAGGACUUAAUGUUGUUAAAUGUGUGUCCACCAAAGCAGCAGAAGGAUGUUUAGUUCAUGUCAUUCAAGCUGAGGUGAAAGAUCCAACAUGUUUCGACCUAUUAGAGAUCCAGCAGAAACUAACCCAAGUGAAGUAAUUUACAAUAACAUUUUUUGUAUUUGAACUAUUUGUUAACCGCUUAUUCACCUCUUUGAUGUAAAUAUAGUUGUCCGAUUUCUAAUUUGAGCAUCUAUUUAGUUCUGUUGACGCGAUUUAUACAUGAAUUGUACACAGUUAAUAUUCAUCUACACUGAUUUCAGCAUUUUGAGGAACUUUUUCUGUGAUAUGAGAUUUUAGUUAGCACCUUUAUUGCAUUAAUUAACAUUGCACAAUAUUAGUAGUGUAAGAUGCAGAUGUAAGUUUGAAAUUUGGAAGGCCAACUAAUAAUGCUGCAGUAUUGCUUCAAAGGUGAUAGUGUUUAUGAAAAAAAUUCUUGUGUCUGUGUAUCUAUAUAGAGUAUGUUUACUGGCUAAAGAAAUGUACUAGAGCUUGCUUGUUAUAUUUGAGUAUGACUUGUUAUAACACAGCCAGUGGGGUGUUUGUGAAUAGAUAGAGGGGAUGCUUUUCCUUGAUGCAAUUGAGAGGCUAAGUUAUUUUUUGUUUUUCUAUCAAUAAAUUCAUAAAAAUGAU